UUAUCACAUUUUUAAAAAUAUUUUAUGUGAUGUGACUCUAGCUUUAAUUUUUUAAUUGUUGUUGUUUUUGAGUGAAUGACGUUUUGUUUUGUUUGCAGAAUAUAGAAAAAGAAACGUAUAUUAUAAAAAUCAAAAGUGAAUGAAAGUUGCAUGGAGCGACGGUUAUUUGGUGGAGCAUGAAGAGGACUGGUAACUACAGUAGUAGCUAUGGCAACUAACGGGAUCACGGUGAAUGGUUUGAAAAUGAAUGUGGCGGGAAAACGGACUGGUUUAAAUGAGGCGGGAAAUUAUUUUACCGAUCAUGAUGGCCGUCACUAUAAAAGAUACGAUUUUAUAGAAACUACAGACAUUCCAAGACUUGAUUUUCGCGAUGCAGAGGCAGAUAAAUUGAUUGCAAGACAGCAACCUGUUAUUCUAACUGGUACCGGACUUACUGAACCAGCCAAUAAGUGGACACUAGAUUAUCUCAUAGAAAAUGUUGGAAGCGACAAGAAAACGGUUUUCUCGUCGAAAACAGAUAAAUUUAUGUAUUUCAACGACAAACGCGCUGAUGAAGAAUUCAUACCUCCAACAAAACAACUCGAAAUGACUUUCCCUGAAUUCGCAAGGAAGUUUCGUUCGUGGAAACCUGGUGACGAGCGGUUGUACUAUCAACAAAUGUUGACUGACACAGUGAGUGUGAAUCUUAUGAAUGAUUUUAAGAAGUUUCAUUGGUCUUGGCUAGAUCACCAGCAGAAGGAGUUUGGUUGGGGAGAUUUGACUUCGAAUUUACUUUUGAUCGGCAUGCCGGGUAAUAUAACACCUGUGCAUUACGACGAACAGCAAAACUUUUUCGCGCAAGUGCAUGGCUACAAGAGAGUGUUACUGUUCCAUCCUAAAUAUUUCCGAUGUUUGUAUCCUUAUCCGUACCAUCAUCCAUGCGACAGACAGAGUCAGGUUGAUUUUGAGCAUCCUGACUUUGAUCGAUUUCCAUUGCUAAAGCAUGCGAAAGGUAUGGAAGCUGUUGUGGGACCUGGCGAUGUACUUUAUAUACCCAUGUAUUGGUGGCAUUACAUAGAGUCCACUCUCGACUCCGAAUUAACAACAUCUAUCAAUUUUUGGUAUAUGUGCACAAAUUUGUCACUGAAGGAUAUCACCUUCCCUUUAAAUUGGCAGCAAAAGACGACAAUGACUCGUAACGUCGAAAAAAUGUUGGGCGAGGCUUUAGGUACUCCAAGCGAGAUUGGUCCUUUUCUGAACGCUUUGGUAUCCGGUCGUUAUCCUGCAUUACAAGAAGAAGGUAUCGAUUUUGACAACGAUGUUUAAAUGAUGUUAGUGUGGAACGCUAUAACUUAGGCAAGUGUUGAACGCUCCUUCAAAGUUGAAAGAAGUCAUUUUGAUGAUUUAGUUAAAUUUGAUAUUUUCUGUAAUAAAUUUUAAUUAAAAACCAUAAUUUUUUUUAAAGAAUUAUUUGAUUCCAUAAAAAGGGGCUUGUUUCGAAAUUUUUAUUUGUCUCUAUGAUAGUUAUAAUACGUCAUCAAAAAUAGCAAAUUCGCGAAGUCAAAAACUCUGACAAAAUGAUUUUCGGUCUUUGUGAAAAUUAAAAAAAGCGCGAAAAUCUCAUUAUUUCAUUAAAAAUUUUUAGCAUGUUUUUAAGGCACUGAUGUAUUUAUAACCGAAGCUAGAAUGUAUAAUUUGUAAACGAGAAAUAUUAUUAUAAAACUUUGUUUUUGACUGCUUCAUGUUCCGUAAUGUUAGAAAAGAAGCCAUGUUUGAUCCUCAAGCUUGUUAAAGCGCAAUAUUCUUUUGGUGUAGUUAACGAUUCGAAACUAUCUAAAGUAGAUACUAUCUUAUCAUUCUUAAACCUGAAACUAUAACAACAUAUUUACAAUUUUACAAAAAGAACUAAAUUUAUAUUUUGGUAUUUUCACCAAACAAUAGUGGUUUUGAAUUAUAGGAAAGUCUGUA